AGACACGCAUAUGAUAUAGAUGCAGUUUUCCCGUACUCCACAAAUCAAACUCCGUUUUUCACUCUCUCUCUCUCUCUCUCAUAGACAGACAGUGACCGAUACUUGCCGUGAAAUCCAUCAUUUCUUCUUUCUUAUUCUUAGCUUAACUUGUUAUUAUUAACUUUCAUUGAUCCAUUCAUGGGAAUUUGUUGAAUUUUUACUAGUGGCCAUUUGUAUUAUUAAAUGGCAGGCGAAAUCCAAGAACCGUUACGGUUAAAUUUUCAGGCUGAUCUCUUGCACUCUGGUUCGAUCUCAUUUGGAAAAUUUGAAUCUGAAUCUUUAUCAUGGGAAAGGAGAUCAAUCUUUUCACACAAUAGAUAUCUUGAAGAAGUGGAGAAAUACUCAAAACCGGGUUCGGUUACGCAAAAGAAGGCGUAUUUUGAGGCAGAGUUCAAAAGGAAGGCCCUUUUAAGGCAACAAUCUGCCGAAGGUCAAGAUGGUGGAGAGGUAUCCACAAGUAGCAAUAAUGAUGGGCAUGAUUUCGAUGUAUCUGGUAAUGAAAGUCCUUGCAGUUCUGGUCCUUCUGUAUGCAAUAGAGAAACCGAAAUCCAGCAGCAUGAAAAAAGAGAUGUUGAAGGUUUAUAUGCUGAGUGUGGCAAUGCUACCAGGCAUCCUGCAUGGUUUGAAGAGAGCCCUCAUAGUUUAGGAUAUGAUGAAGAUGCUAUAAAGCAGGAAUUUGAUAGUGUAAAUUAUGAGUUUCUUCUUGCUACAAGCCAAGAUGAACCUGUAAUUGAUAUGAUUAAUUGUCCGGUUAGUGUACCUGAGCAUGUCAAGCUUGAUGAAACACAUGAAAGUGAAACUGAGAAUUUAGUGGUAAAUACCGAACAAGGUAGCAGGGUUACCCUUAUUGAUGAGGAAAUACAUACGGAUGUCACAUCAGAAGCCAAUGAUUCAUCCAUUACUUGUCAAUCACUUGAGAUGGGCCAUGAUGGUACUAGUUCCAAAGAUCGGACAAUACCCAAUGAUUCAUCCAUUACUUGUCUAACACCUAAGAAAGACCAUGAUAGUACAGGGUCCGACCCUCAGACCGUUUUUUCUCUCAAGGUACAGCCUGCAUCAAAAAAUAAAGUUACUAGGCCAACUAUGAAGACUCGUGCCAUUGGGGAUCGGUUCCAGAAACAUGUUUCCAAUGAAGUAUCGAACGGCUCAAUGAAGCCCAAAACAAGUGACAAUAAAGGUUUACCUGUAAAGAAAACAGAAAAGAAGUCACCCCGACCUGCUAGUCCCUUCACUGGUUCAGGUUUAAAAACUUCAAAAGCAGAGGAUACGACAAGUUCAAAGGAAAAAGAGCACCGACUGAAAAAAAGCAUUAUGAAGGAUUUAAGAUCCGAAAAACCAGUCAAAGCUCAGAUUCCGUUGUCACAGAAGUCUGUUCCCGGAGCACAUAUGACUGCUAACAGGCCAAAACCUACUAUUAGUUCAAGCAAGUUGCAGUCCAUUCAGGGUGCUGCUGGUUUCAGUUUUAAGACUGAUCAACGGGCAGAAAAUAGGAAAGAGUUUUACAUGAAAAUCGCGGAGAAAAUGCAUGCUAAAGAGGCUGAGAUGAACCAAGUUGAAGCAAAAACAAGGGAAAAACAAGCAGCCGAGAUGAAGCAACUCCGAAGAAGUCUCAACUUUAAAGCAAAACCAAUGCCUUCUUUUUACAGUGAAUCUACUCGUGGUUCUGAUCAACACAAGGUUAUACUAAUCAACAGGACAACAACUCAACCACGGCCUAGUUUCCAAUCAACACCCACCCGUGCCAAGAGUGCAUCAAAGUCUUCUGUUGCAUCAAGCAUCAGACCAAGCUCUGCAACUUCAUCAACCAACAGGAUCCGUCUUUCAGGAAGUGUUGGGAGAAAUGAUAUGUCUGUAAAGAAAGAGCAAGAUAUACGAAUUCAACCACGGCCUAGUUCACAAUCAAUGGCUACUCGUGACAAAAAUACUAAGUCUUCAGUACCAUCAAACAUCAGACCGAGCUCUGCAACAUCAUCAAUCAACAGGAUUCGUCUUUCAGACUGGAGAAAUCAUGUACCUGUAAAGAAAGACCAACAUACACCAAAUCAACCACGACCCAGUUCACCAUCAAUGGCUAGUCGCCGUGACGAGAAUGCAUUAAAGUCGUCUGCUCCAUCAAACAUGAUCAGACCGAGUUCUGCAACUUCGUCAACCAACAGGAUCCGUCUUUUAGAAAGUGUGGGGAGAAAUCAUAUACCGGCAAACAAAAACGAACAGAUAUCAUAUCAACCACGUCCCAGUUCACCAUCGAUGGCUAGUCGCCGUGACGAGAAUGCAUUCAAGUCGUCUGCUCCAUCAUACAUGAUCAGACCGAGUUCUGCAACUUCAUCAACCAACAGGAUCCGUCUUUCAGAAAGUGUGGGGAGAAAUAAUAUGUCUGCAAACAAAAACGAACAGACACCAAAUCAACCACGACCCAGUUCACCAUCAAUGGCUAGUCGCCGUGACAAGCAUGUGUUCAAGUCUUUUGUUCCAUCAAACAUGAUCAGACCGGGCUCUGCAACUUCAUCAACCAAUAGGAUCCGGUUUUCAGAAAGUGUUGGGAGAAAUCAUAUACCUGUAGAGCAAGGGAAGAUUAAGGACGCCAGUUACAAGAAACAAAAAGAACCAGAAUUAAGAGCUAUAGACAUGGUGAAAAGACAUACGAAAGGCAUUUACAUCGGCAAAUCCGGAAAUUUAACAGUCUGCUGAAUGUUGGUAUUUUCUUCUUUAUAGAUAUGUUGUAGUAAUGUAGAGAAUAAAGAUGUGAAUCUUGUAACAAGUUGUGACCUCCAAGUCUCUGUUGAUAGUUAAUUGUCUUAGUAGUUGUUCUUUGGAAUGGAGCUAAGAGUGGUCAACUUCAGAGCAAUUAUGCUGCAAUGACUUGUACGGUAAAGUUUGUAACGUGUUAGAUUGCUUUGGAGUUGCCCCUCCCUAGCUUUAGGAGAAGGCCUGAUCAUUGGAAAGAUGCGUAUCUGCAUAGUUUCAGGAUUCACCUUCUUAGUUACCUUGAUCAGUAGUAAUAUAUCUGGGAGGCAUUUGUACCAUGUUUGCUUCAAACAAUUGUGUUCUCUUUCACACUCAUACGUGUGUCCAAAGUAUUCAAGAAUAUUUCUGUA